AUGACAGAAACAAGUUUGAGGCCACAAAUUCGUAUUGGUGCAGUAGUAGCAGAACAAUGGUCUGUAAAGAAGAAACUUGGUGAAGGCAGUUGUGGAAUGGUUUUCUUAUUAAGAAAUAUUAAAUAUCCAAAGGUACAUGCAGCGAUGAAAGUUGAACCACUGAUGGCGAAUCAUGAAGAUGAGAUUCUGAAGAUGGAAGUAUUCGUGCUUAAGAAAAUGCAAAAAUCUAAUCACUUUUGCCGACUAUAUGGUGCAGGUCGAACUAGCAGUUUCAAUUAUAUGAUAAUGUCACUUCUUGGCAAAAAUUUGGGUGAUUUACGAUUUAUGAUGCCUUCGAAACGUUUCACUACUUGUACAAGUGUCAGAUUAGGCAAACAAGGGUUGCAAGCUUUAAAAGAUUUGCACCGAAUAGGAUUCAUACACCGCGAUGUGAAACCUUUGAAUUUUUCUUUUGGUUCAACACAAUCUACGAAACGAACAUUAUUUUUGUUUGAUUUUGGUCUGUCACGACAAAUUUUUCUACCUGUUCAAGGAACCAAUGAAUUGAAACUUCGGGAACAGCGAAGAAAAGUAGCGUUUCGGGGAACUGUUCGUUACUGCUCGUUAAACGUACAUCAGCACAAGGAACAAGGCCGGCAUGACGACUUAAUCUCACUGCUAUACACUGUCAUUGAGUUCAUUACCGGUGAAUUACCCUGGCGAGGACUGAAUCGGCAUGAAUCAGCUAGCAUUAAAGCAAGUAUACCAGAUAAGAAACUUUUCAAUCACUGUCCAGGAAAUUUUCCAGUACUUUACUCAUAUCUGAAAGGAUUGGAAUACAAAGAUUCUCCGAAUUAUGAAUUUGUCGAUGAAAAAUUUAGUACUAUUUUAUCAAGCAAAAAUAUUAAAGAAGAAUCUCCGUAUGAUUGGGAGCAGGGUGGACGGUACUUUGAUACUGUGGCAGGUACAGUAAUGCCUAAAAGGCGUAGAAAUCCCGACGAGCAAGUUGAAAAAGAUUCGACAUCAACAGUGAGGGAAGAAGUACCAUCGACUGAAGAAGGAGCAUCGACUGAAGGAAUUGAUUCAGAUAUGUCAGGGGCAGAUAAAGAAAAUACAUUAGAUGAUUUGCAAGAAAUUAAAUGA